AACUGGAUACAUACAACACUGUACCUGAUGUCUUGCUUUGACUUAAGUGCCUCUGUAAAGCCAGGUGCAGGCGUUGUUCUGCCAGUGGUAGCUUUUUCCAACAGUACCUGUCAUUUAAAGGUAAAACUGCACUAUAAGCUACACUAUAUACGGUCUGUUGUAAUGUUUUACUGCAGCAGCUGGUCUUUAGCAACGCCAAAUCGGGAUGUACGAUAAUUUUGCUCGUAUAAGAAUUUAACAUCCUGGUACGACGAUUUGUACAUUUCCAUCUGGCAACACUGCUUUGUAUCAUUCCGCGGAAACGAGUGCUCAAACAAAGCAUUCCACGCGUUUGUGACCUAGUCUUAGUGCAUUUGAUAUUGCUUGUCACUGCUAAAUAAGCCGCCAUGGGACCAAAGAAAGUUGCGAGUGACCGCAAUUUGUCAAAGAGGGUGAGAAACACUAUUGAAUUCAAGAAAGAACUCAUAGCAAAGUACGAAGAUGGCGUCCGCGUGGCCGAUCUCGCCAGGAUGUAUGGGAAGUCUGCAUCAACAAUAAGUUCUAUCCUGAACAGGAAAGACGAAAUCAAGGAGGCUAAUGUUGCGAAAGGAGUGACGGUGUUAACAAAACAGAGAUCACAAACGAUCGAAGAUGUUGAGAAGUUGUUGUGGGUGUGGAUCACCGAAAGGAGGUUGGCGGGAGAUCGUGUUUCGGAGCCCGUAAUAUGCGAAAAGGCAAGGCUGUUGCAUGCGGAUCUUUCCAAGAACGUGCCUGCAACGAGUGAUGCUGUUAGCGAAUUUAAGGCCAGUCGAGGCUGGUACGAAAAUUUUAAGAAAAGAACAGGCAUGAACACUGUCGUAAAGCAAGGCGAGCCUGCAAAUUCCGACCAGAGUGCCGCCAAAGACUUCGUUAAGGAAUUCAAGGACUGUGUCGACGCUGAAGGAUUCCUCCCCCAACAAGUCUUUAAUUGUGAUGAAACAGGCCUAUUUUGGAAGAAAAUGCCAAAGAGGACCUUCAUCGCUCAGGAGGAAAAGGAACUGCCAGGACAUAAACCCAUGCAGGACAGGCUAACUCUGUUGUUUUGUGCUAACGCUAGUGGGGAUUUCAAAGUGAAGCCUUUACUCGUGUAUCACUCUGAAAAUCCCAGAGUCUUCAAGAAAAACAAUGUUAUAAAGAGUACAUUGUGUGUGACGUGGAAGUCUAAUGCCAAGGCAUGGGUCACAAGUCACAUUUUCAUUGAGUGGGUCAAUGAAGAGUUUGGUCCCGGGGUUAAGAAAUACCUCCUAGAAAAUAAUUUACCUCUCAAGUGCCUCCUAGUGAUGGAUGAUGCUCCUGCUCAUCCUGCAGGCUUGGAAGACCAAUUGUUGGAAGAGUUUAGCUUCAUCACAGUGAUGUUCUUGCCCCCUAAUACCGCUCCCCUCAUCCAGCCCAUGGACCAGCAGGUCAUUUCAAACUUCAAAAAACUCUACUCCAAAGCACUGUUUCAAAGGUGCUUUGAAGUGACAUCAGACACUGAAUUGACUUUAAGAGAAUUCUGGAGCAAUCACUUCAAUAUCCUCAACUGCAUAAGCCUAAUAGAUAAGGCUUGGCAGGGAGUGACUUCAAGAAGCAUAAACUCAGCUUGGAGAAAAUUGUGGCCAGAAUGCGUCAAGAAGGAAUUUGAAGGGUGUGAGGCAGACCCUGAUAACCGUACACCUAUUGUGGAGUGUAUCGUGUCCUUGGGGAAGUCCUUAGGGUUGGAUGUGAGUGGCCAGGACGUGGAAGAGUUGGUGAACGACCACAGUGAAGAGCUAACCACUGAAGAGCUGCAAGAACUUCAAGUGGAACAGCAACAGACGGCGGCAGAGGACAUUGCUUCAGAUGAGGAGGAGGAGAGAGGGGAGAACGUGCCUUCUUCACUGAUUAAGGACAUGUGUGCCAAGUGGAGCGAGGUGCAACGUUUUGUGGAGAAACAUCACCCUAACAAAGCUGUUGCAAGCCGUCUCUGCAACAUGUUCAAUGACAGUGCCUUGUCCCAUUUUCGGCAAAUCUUAAAGAGACGCCACAAACACAACUGUCUAGAUAGUUCAUUGCCACAGGGGUCCGGUAACAGUAAAAGACAAAAGAGGGAAGUCACCCCGAAUAGGGCUUUAAAAUCUGAAGUCCUUAUGGAGGGGGAGUUCCCCUCCAUACAAUAACCUCCUUCCUCUAUCCCCGUCCCCUCCCUUCCAUCCACUCCCUUCUCCCUCACCACUCACCAUAUUUGCCAACAAUAGUCUUCAAAAAGCUGCUCCAUGCUGAUGUUGUUUCCACCACACACUACAAUGACCACUGGUCCUAGCUGCUGCUCCAGCUUGCCGUCAUUCUGCAGCCUUUUGAUGACACCACUGUACACAGCAGCGAGUGCAGCACCACAGGCGGGCUCCACCAGAACCUUCUCAUCAUCUGCGCAUGGAGGAGACACCCAUACGAGCUUAAGAGUCUGUGCAGAGACCCUUGUCAGGCCAAGUGUGGUGGCAACACUGGAGAGUGAAAAUUUUAGCCACAAAAUAACCACAUGGGAGCUUAUUGUGGAAACGGCUGUGCACCUGGUGAUAGCGGGUAAGGUGACAAGCUCCCCUGCCUUCAUGGUUGCACUGAGGCUAUGAGCUCCUAUGGUUUCCAUGGCGAUGAUGGGCACAUCAGCCCAACUGGCACGCCGUAACCCCUCAACCACCCCGUUCAGCAGUCCUCCACCUCCCACUGACAGCACGAUGGCCCCUGGCUUCUCAUUCAUGUCUUGCUCCAGCUCCUUCACCAGAGAUGUGUGGCCCUCCCUGCAAGCACGGACGCCGUCAUUGUCACUUGACCUUGGCUACUUACUGCAAGCAUCUACUGAAACACUCAUACAACAGUUGUACCAAAGCACAUCAUAUAUACCUGCUGGUGCUGUGGGCUCUGCAAAGGAGGCCCACUUGUGGACCAAUCAGAAUUUGGCAUUGUGCUCCCAGGCCAUGCCCCCAGGGGCCUCCAUGACAAGCCCAACUGUGGAUGAAUGAACAUCCUCUGAAUUUGUUUCUUCUCCAAAACAAACAAUUCAGUGAUAGGUUGAGUCACCAUGGGUUCAAAGGAACAGUCCACCCCGCCAAAAUCAUAACGGCGUCCCCCAGUCUGCAACUUCAAUGAACAAGGAAGUAGCCCGCAACUAAACAGAGUUGGACAAACACACAAACAUUUUUCAAUGUAGCGUACAUGAAUACAUAACCUAAUGUUAAAUGAAUACUGAAAGUGUCAUUGAAAAAUAAGCAUUCAUAUCUCGGUAAAGACAGAAUUUUUGAUACUAUCAUUUGUUAUGUGAACUGUGCUGCACCGACAACAAUCUGAAGCGAUGACCGCAGGACUUUCUGAAUUUCUUUCUUUGACCUGAUAGUUCAGGGGUCACCAACUCGGUGCCUGCAGGCACCAGGUCGCCCCUAAGGACCACAUGAGUGGCCAGCUAGCCUGUUCUAAAAAUAGCUCGGAUAGCACCACUCACCAGUGAGCUGCAUAACAUUUUUUGGGGUUGCUUUUCUUGUUUAAGUCACACUUACUGUACAUGUAAACUGUAAAUGACAAUAUGUAUUAAAAACACUUUAAAAAUUGGUAAUAUAAAUGAACUCUGACCUGGUAUAGUUCAAAGGUCGGUAUUGUGCGCGUGACCAAAACGUAGCGUUUGUGGAGAUCAUACAAACCGGUGGAAACAAGCUAGCGGGCGCAGCGAAAAUGAGAUGACAGACCGCCCAAAAUGAUUUCAGAAAAAAGAAAGAAAACAACUUUCACGAUGAAGGGGAGUUUUUGGUUGCCACUGUAAAAAGGAGCCCGCGUGUGUCUCAUUUGCGGGGCAACUGUGGUGACGGCAAAGCGGCACAGUGUCUCACACAACCAACCAUGCUAACUACCCACAGGGCAGCGCACUACGAGCUGAAAGAAGACCGCACAUAGGUGAAUAUCAUUAAUUAUUAACAUAGUUAAAGGUAAAAUGAGCAACUGGCUAUUUCAUAAGUGUGUAUCUAACUGGUAGCCCUUCGCAUAAAUCAGUACCUAAGAAGUAGCUCUCUAUUUCUUAAAGGUUGGUGAUGCCUGCGCUAGUCAAAACAACUGAGUGAUCCAAAGCACAAGAUCUGUCAAGGCUUCUCCUGCAAUGGUUAAUCUUGCAGCGCCCCCAGGUGGUACAACACUACACUAACAUACAAGAGGCACGACAACACGGCUCUCUCAAAUUUGCUAACAUGUGAGAAAUGUUUGUGAUCCAGCUUUGCAAGCAGAUCAAACUACCACAUGCAAUCUUUCAGUGGUAUGUCGAUAGUUGAGGUUGAGUCAGUUUUGCCAAAAUAAUACAGUAACACAAAACACAUGCAGUUUUGUCUUUGUAGCUCCUGUCUCAACAGCCUGUCUUGAAACUGAUGACAAUGUUCUACCAUAAUUGCUGUGCACAAUAAACAUUUGUUAGACCUAAUUUUCACAUUGCUCUGAAGCUUGAUUUUACUCGGCAAAAAGAAUAUGUUUUUACAUUGUCGCACAAAACAAUGUGACACAUUAUUG